CUGCCAAACAAUUAAUUUGUGUAUUGAAUGUGUUUAAAAUAUAAACAUUUCAUAAGUAAAUACAUAAUCAGUGUAUCCUAUAACCUGCCCUCUGCACUUUCAAUGUUUAUACAGUAUGUGCUUCAUAUAUAGACACUGACGUCCUGAAGCUGUUGUUUAGAUGAUUAAGCCACAAGACUUGUAGGAGACACUUCCCCACAUCUUGUGUUAUCAUGCUGCAUCAGCUGAGCCUGAUUUACAUACAGCAGGUCUGUUAUUCAAAGCUGGGGUUUACCUCACGCUGUGACGUUAGUGGCCUGAGGUCUUCAUCCACAAUCAGCAGAACAAACUGAGCCUUGAUGGUUUCAGCUCCAUCUACUCUGUGAGUUAUUUUUAGUUAUUUUUGGUUAUUAUCGUUGUUGUUGCUCAUGUUUUUGUGCCUUUAAACCUUUAGGCUCAUAUGAGAGAUUAACAAAGAAGUGGUGGAGUGCAUCACUAGUGCAGAGCAUUAUACAUAUAUUGUGACCAGAACAGCUGUUGGCUCCUGACGUAUCAACUGGAGAAUUGAAGCGCUGCCAUGAUGAGACACUGACAUAAACGCGUCCCAUUAGUUCAUCUUCAAGCAACACUUGCGCCUGGUUCCCAGUGAACGGUGCUGCAGCGCCAGGGGACCGGGCUCAAUCCGCUCUCCACCAAUCACAGCACGCGUGUUCCCCUUGACACUGGAUUCAUGGAACGGUGCCAUCCCUCACCAUCCCUGGCUCUCACACACCUGAGGACACGUUUACCUGCCUCUCUAAAACACAACUCUUGUUUUUAUCACUUACAUCCACACUCAGGGGCCAAAUCUCCUGGAGAUGGCAGGCCUGCCUCACAGACGCCAUGGCAACCAUCCCCACAGACGGACGGCCAUCUUGCCACAGGUAGCUGAGUGUGCGGCGCGGCUGUUGUCGGAGCGCAAGUGUUCUGAGCCCGGUCCAGAACCAGCAGAGGAAGCCAAGCGUCCAGUGAGACAGGUGAGCAGUGGAUUCUCUCAGGUGAAACAGGAAGCAGACCAGCUGUGCAACGGAAAAUCAAAACAACCGCACGAGGGCGUAGCAGCGCUGCUGAGGAGGAUCAGGAUCCACCCACAGGCGCUGAGGAUUCUGGGUAAAUCCUCUGUACCAGUUGUGAGUCUGCAGCGCCUGAACUUCAGCUCGGUGUCCACAUUGUCCCUGCAGCCUGUUGUGUCCCUGGUGCGGUUGCCAUGGCAACAACCAGCUGAACUGGAUCGUCAGCAGAACGGGUUCAGUCCACAUGAGGCAGACAUUGUAGAGAUCAGAGAUGAUUCCCCUCAGUCUCUACCAGAGCACUCAUCUGAUCUGAGCCUGUCAGAACCAAGACCAUCCUGGACUGAACCCUACUGCCCUGAAGAACCGGAGCAGGACUCAGGCUUUGACUGUGAAUCAAACCCGGAUCAGCCUUUCAUCCUCUUCGAUUUGGGAUCUGAUGAGUGGGACCCAGACGGAAAACCGGAUUCUGAAACAUUUUAUUUGGAUCCAGACCCUGAGCCAACCCUAGUGAUACAACUGGAUCCAGAACCAGAGGCAGACCACGAUCAGUCCUUGCAGCUGGAGGAUGAAUGUGAAUCCAAAUGUGAAGUGGACAUAGUGGAGAUGGACGACGGCGCAGAUCAGAGACCUGAUCUGGGCUCAGCAGAGGAGGGCGACCCAACGAGCCAGCAGCCUGAACCUGGAGCCGGACCCGAGGAGAAGGACAGUGAAGAUUUCUGCGCCGUGUGUCUGAACGGAGGAGAUCUGCUCUGCUGCGACCGCUGUCCGAAGGUUUUCCACUUGGACUGUCACAUUCCUGCUCUCAGCAGCUUCCCGCCAGGCGACUGGAUGUGUUCGCUGUGCAGAUCGGACCUGGAGCCGGUGGAGGCCUACGACUGCGAGCACACGCUCAAAGCGCCGUACACGCUGCCCGACCGGGACCAGAGGAGGUGUGAGAAGCUGGCGCUGAUGCUGUUCUGCCACCCGCUCAGCGCCCCCUUCCACGAGCCCGUCAGCCCCCUGGCCCGGAACUACUACCAGAUCAUCCGGAGGCCCGUGGACCUGUCCGCCAUCCGCAGGAAGCUGGACCGGAGCAACACGCUGCACUACUUCACGUCAGAGCAGUUUGUGGACGACGUCCUGCUCAUGCUCAAGAACUGCGCGACGUUCAACUACCCGGACUCGGAGGUGGCGCAGGCCGGACGGAGCCUGGAGGUGUUUUUCCUGAGCCGGCUGAAGGAGUUCUAUCCCGACCGGACGUUCCCGUCGGCGAGUCAGGACCGAACGGACAGAGCUCGUCUUCGCUGGCUCAGCAAGAAGAGGAAGGACAACUACAAGAGGAAAUAUGUGUUUAGGGGGAAAAGGUAUUACCUGUAACUUUAGGGAAACGUGGCAUCUAAAAGGCAUGACGGUGAUGGUGCAGUUAACAGCAGCAGGUUCCCGUAGGUGAGAGGUCCAUGAAGCCCGUGUCUCCACAAGCUGCUGGAUCCAAACUGUAACUGUGCCGGUAACUGAUGUGUAAGUAGUUCUGUAAAUGCUUGUCGAAGCAAAGUUCAUUGGUAGUUGUGCUGUUGUUACACGCUGCGUCCACCAGGGGGCGUCACUGGAAAUAAAACAAGCUGAGUAAAAA